AUGGUUAGAAGAUCUCAAAGUAGAGCAGAUUUAGCUGGUCUAACUGCUGAAGAGAAAAGACUUGAAGAAGAUAGAAAAAAGCAAAAGUACUGGAGAAGAUGGGGUCCCUACAUGUCGGAACGUCAAUGGGGUGUUGUUAGAGAAGAUUAUUCUUAUGAUGGUAAUGUUUGGGAGAGUUUUACUUUUGAUGAUUCUCGUUCAAGAACUUAUCGUUGGGGUGAAGAUGGGUUAGCUGGUGUUUCUGAUAAUCAUGGUUUAUUGAAUUUUUCAAUUGCCUUAUGGAAUGAACAGGAUGAGUUUUUAAAAGAAAAAGCUUUUGGUCUUGCAGGUCCUCAAGGUAAUCAUGGUGAAGAUGUUAAAGAAGUUUAUUAUUAUCUGGAUAAUACACCAACUCAUUCUUACAUGAAGUAUCUUUACAAAUAUCCUCAAAACAAGUUUCCUUAUGAUGAUCUUCGUAAUACAAAUGCAAAUAGAUCAAAAACUGAAAGAGAAUAUGAAUUGGUUGAUACAGGUAUCUUUGAUAAUAAUGAGUACUUUGAUGUCGUCUUUGAAAUGGCAAAGGAUGAUGAUGAAGAAUUAUAUUUCAGAAUUACAGCUUAUAAUAGAUCAGAUAAACCAGCUCCACUACAUAUUUUACCUCAAGCAAUUUUCAGAAAUACUUGGGGUUGGAAUAGAGAUGAUUAUAAACCUCAAUUAUCAAAAGAAACUGAAAAUUCUGUUUUGAUUGAUCAUAAAAAAUUUGGUAAAAGAAGAUGGGUUUUCGCACCAUCUCCAGGUUUAACUGAAGAUCAUCCUGAUGUUGAAGCUCAAUUAUUGUUUACUGAUAACGACUCAAACUUUAAAAAGUUAUAUGGUACAAAAAAUGUUGCUGAUUAUACUAAAGAUGCCUUCCAUGAAUAUAUUGUUGAAGAAAAUGAUAAAUCUGUGAAUCCAAAAGAAAUUGGUACAAAAGCUGCUGCUUGGUUUUCAUUCGAUGAAGAUGGUGGUGUUCCAGCUCAUGAUUAUGUUACCAUUCGUUAUAAAUUCACUGCAAAAGAAGCUGGUGUUUUCAAUGAAGAAGCUUUUGAUAACAUUUUUUCACGUCGUGAAAAUGAAGCUGAUAAUUUUUAUUGGAGAAUUACACCAUUACCAAUUUCUGAUGAGUUACGUCAAAUUCAACGUCAAGCUUUUGCAGGUUUAUUAUGGACAAAGCAAUUUUAUUAUUUCAUUCAAGAAGAAUGGUAUAAAGGUGAUCCAAUUGAGCCAAGGCCAGCUCCCGAUCGUGCAAAUGGUAGAAAUAAAGAGUGGAAACAUAUGUACAUUGAUGAUAUUUUAUCUUUGCCUGAUAAAUUUGAAUAUAAUUUCUUUGCUUCAUGGGAUACUGCAUUCCACUGUGUUCCAAUUGCUCUAAUUGAUCCAGAUUUUGCUAAAAGACAAUUGGAUAUCUUUACAAGAGAAUGGUAUAUGCAUCCAAAUGGUCAAAUUCCUGCUUAUGAAUGGAAUUUUGGUGAUGUUAAUCCUCCAGUUCAUGCUUGGGCUACUUAUAGAGUUUAUAAAUUGGAAAGAAAGAUGUAUGGUAGAACUGAUAAUGAUUUCUUGGAACGUGUUUUCCAAAAAUUGUUAUUAAACUUCACUUGGUGGGUUAAUAGAAAAGAUUUUGAUGGUAACAAUGUCUUUGAAGGUGGGUUCUUAGGUCUUGAUAAUAUUGGUGUUUUCAACAGAUCAGAACCAUUACCAACAGGUGGUAGAUUAGAGCAAGCUGAUUCAACUGGUUGGAUGGCCUUCUUCACGUUACAAAUGUUAAAUAUUGCCUUGGAAUUAGCUAAGAAUAGAUCAGUUUAUGAAGAUAUUGCUUCUAAGUUCUUUGAACAUUUCUUGUUAAUUUCUGAUGCUAUGACUUUUACUGGUUCAACUGAUGAAAAGGAAGAAACCAAACAAUCAUUAUGGAAUGAGGAUGAUCAAUUUUAUUAUGAUGCCAUUUCAUGGGAUGGAGGUUAUAAACAACAAAUUCCAAUUAGAUCAUUAGUUGGGUUGAUUCCAUUAUAUGCUUCAUUAACAUUAGAACCACAAUUAUUAGAAAAAUUCCCAAGUUUCAAAAAAAGAUUGGAUUGGUUCAUUGAAAAAAGAUCUGGUGUUGCUGAAAGAAAUAUUGCCAGUAUGAGCCAUAGAGGUGUUGGUGAAAGAUUACUAUUAGCAUUGGUUGAUAAAGAUCGUUUACUCGCAAUCUUGAAAAGAUUAUUGGAUGAAAAUGAAUUUUUAUCAGACUAUGGUGUUAGAUCAUUAUCAAAACAUCAUAAGGAUAAUCCAUAUUCUAUCAAUGUUCAUGGUGUUGAUUAUCAUGUUGGUUAUUUACCAGGUGAAUCCGAUUCUGGUUUAUUUGGUGGUAAUUCAAAUUGGAGAGGUCCAAUUUGGUUCCCAGUCAAUUUCUUAAUUGUGGAAGCAUUACAAAGAUUCUUUUUGUAUUAUGGUCCUGAAUUAAAAGUUGAAUGUCCAUCAGGUUCAGGUAAUUUAUUAAAUUUAGCACAAGUUGCUGAAUUUAUUCAACAUCGUUUGAUCAAAUUAUUUACUCCUGAUGAAAAUACUGGUCAAAGAGCUUGUAAUGGUGAUGAUAUUAUUGCAAGUAAGGAUGAACAUUUCCGUGAUUUGGUUCCAUUUUAUGAAUAUUUUGAUGGUGAUACUGGUAGAGGUUUAGGUGCUUCACAUCAAUGUGGUUGGACUGGGUUAGUUGCUAAAUUAAUUCAAGAUACUGGUAUUACACUAUAUGGUAAAUAUUCAAAAUCUAAAACUCCAGGUACUGAAACACCAACUGAUUCAAAUUCUUAUUUCCCAAGACCUGGUCCUCAUCCUGGUAAAUUACAAAGACGUCGUUCUUCAAAAUCAUUAGUUGGUUUAACUGCUGAUUUAUUAGAACUAAGUGAAGAAGAAAGUAAUGCUUUAGCAAGUACUCUACAACAUAACAAAUCUAUUUCUUCAAGUGCUGCCUUAUCUAGAGUUACAAGUAGAGGUGGUGCUGGUAAUGAUACUACUGAUCAAUCAGUUAAGAGUGGUUAUGCUAGUGAAGAUGACGAUGAUGAAAAGGAAUUGAUUGAACAAAUCAAGAAUGCUAUUAGUAGAUUCCAUACAAAUGAUGAGGGUGAAGAUGAAGGUGAAAUCUCAAGUGAUGAGUUUGAAGCACAUUCAUAA